AUGGCGGCAGCUGCGCCGGCGGCCGCGGGCGAGGAUGGCGGGCGGCGGCGGCCGGGGCCCGUGCUUGAUCCCCAGCCCCAGGAGGGCGCGAAGGCCGAGGCCGAGUCAGGGGAACUCUGCCGACUUCGAGCUGAGCUGGCAGGCGCCCUGGCAGAAAUGGAGACCAUGAAGGCCGUGGCCGAGGUGAGCGAGAGCACGAAGGCCGAGGCCGUGGCUGCGGUGCAGCGGCAGUGCCAGGAGGAGGUUGCUUCCCUGCAGGCCAUCCUGAAAGACUCCAUCAGCAGCUACGAAGCCCAGAUCGCGUCUCUGAAGCAGGAGCGGCAGCAGCAGCAGCAGGACUGCGAGGAGAGGGAGCAGGAGCUGGGCCGCCUGAAGCAGCUGCUGGCCCGCGCGCACCCCCUGGACUCCUUGGAGAAGCAGAUGGAGAAGGCCCACGAGGACUCGGAGAAGCUGCGAGAGAUCGUGCUGCCCAUGGAGCAGGAGAUAGAGGAGCUGAAGGCGAAGCUGCUGAGGGCCGAGGAGCUGAUUCAGGAGAUCCAGGGACGUCCCCGGCACCCCGCUUCCCUGCAUGGCUCCACGGAGUUGCUGCCUCUCUCCCGGGACCUGUCUCCCCCGCUGGAGCCUCUCGAGGAGCUGAGUGGAGACGGGGGUGCAGCGGCCGAGGCCUUCGCCCACAACUGUGACGACAGCGCCUCCAUCUCCUCCUUCUCCCUCGGCGGCGGGCCCGGCAGCAGCGCCUCCCUGCCCCGCGGCCGCCAGGGCCUGAGCCCCGAGCAGGAAGAGACGGCGUCUCUGGUGUCCACGGGCACCCUGGUCCCCGAGGGCAUCUACCUGCCCCCUCCUGGGUACCAGCUGGUCCCAGACACCCAGUGGGAGCAGUUGCAGAUGGAGGGGCGGCAGCUGCAGAAGGACCUGGAGAGCGUCAGCCGUGAGCGGGACGAGCUGCAGGAGGGCCUGAGGCGAAGCAAUGAGGACUGUGCCAAGCAGAUGCAGGUGCUCCUGGCGCAGGUCCAGAACUCGGAGCAGCUGCUGCAGACCCUGCAGGGGACCGUGAGCCAGGCUCAGGAGCGCGUUCAGCUGCAGAUGGCGGAGCUGGCCGCCUCCCACAAGUGCCUGAGCCACGAGGUGAAGCGGCUGACGGAGGAGAACCAGGGCCUGCGGGCCGAGCAGCCACUGGCUUCAGCCCCCGGGGCCCUGGAGCAGGAGGGCCAGGAGGAGUCACUGCCCAGCUCGGUCCCGGAGCUGAGGCAGCUGGUGCUCCGCAUGGGGCAGGAGGCCAGGGCCCAGCAGCGGGCGCGGGAGCACGAGGCCGAGCGCCUUCGCAUUGAGAUCGUGACGCUGCGGGAGGCGCUGGAGGAGGAGACGGCGGCGAGGGCCAGCCUGGAGGGGCAGCUGAGGGUGCAGCGGGAGGAGACAGCCUCCCUGUGCAGCCUCAGGACAGAGAUGGAGCGGAUCCAUCGGGAGCAGAGCGAGGAAGCCUCGGGGCAGCCUCAAGGGCCAGGCCCCACGGAAGAGGCUCAGCUCACAGCCCUGUCGGAACAGAGGGCGAAGGUGCUGCGGCUGCAGGCCGAGCUGGAGACGAGCGAGCAGGUGCAGAGGGACUUUGUGCGCCUGUCCCAGGCCCUGCAGGUGCGCCUGGAGCAGAUCCGCCAGGCGGAGAGUCUGGAGCAGGUGCGCAGCCUCUUGGACGAGGCGCCGCUCAGGGACGUUGGGGACAUCAAGGACAGCUGA